CAAAACGAAAAAAAAAACAGUUAAUAGUGCUUAUAUAGAAGAACCGGACUCUUCGGGGCUUUAUACCAGUGUUUCAAGAGCUGCAACAACCACUAACCAUGAUCAAGGAGUUGGUUAUUUUGGCCUUCUUGGCGGUCUGUUGUGUUUGUCUGCCUGCACAACAACCACUGCAAAAAGUGAUGGCUGUGGUGGUACAGCCUGAAGUUGCUCCGAUCCAUGUGAGUGUGCCUGAAAAUGCUGAAAUUCUUGCUACUGCUGAAAGUGGAUGGCGCAACCGUGGCCACGGCGGAGGGUAUGGAUAUGGGGGUGGGUACGGGCACGGAGGAGGAUGGAGGCGGGGAGGAGGAGGGUACAGAGGGGGUUAUUAUGGAGGAGGUUAUAAAAAGGGCGGUUAUUAUCAUUAAGAGUUAGGUACUGAUGUUCAUUAUUUAUUUUUGGUGUGUAAAAUCUAAUUGUAAGACAUUUAAAUUAAAUACAUUUUUAAGUAUU